CACACUAACCUGUUUUUCAACCAACUCUCUCUUUACCAUUUCCAUUCACAUUAUAAGCAACAAUUACAUUCAGAUAUUUUCUAUCAACAGGAUUACAUAAUUUUGUCAUUUAGGAUUUAUAACUAAUGGAGAAAGAAAUGGGAAUAUCGAUGAUAGCUUGCUUGGCCUUGUCAUGCAUUUUUCUCCAUCAAUGGAGAAAGAGAAACAAAAAAGGACCAAGAACAUGGCCAAUAAUAGGGGCAGCAAUUGAGCAGUUUAUGAACUAUGAUAGAAUGCAUGAUUGGCUUGUUGCCUACCUGUCUGAGCUGAGAACUGUAGUAGUUCCAAUGCCAUUCACAACAUAUACUUACAUUGCAGAUCCUGCUAGUGUUGAACAUGUCCUUAAGACCAACUUUUCCAAUUAUCCAAAGGGUGAGACUUAUCAUUCAUAUAUGGAAGUGCUGCUUGGAGAUGGGAUAUUUAAUGCUGAUGGUGAACUAUGGAGGAGACAAAGGAAGACUGCAAGUUUUGAGUUUGCAUCCAAGAAUUUAAGAGAUUUCAGCACCAUAGUCUUUAGGGAAUACAGCUUGAAGCUCUCAUCUAUUCUCAGUAAUGCAUCUUUUCAAAACCAAGAAAUAGACAUGCAGGAAUUGUUAAUGAGGAUGACAUUGGACUCUAUAUGCAAAGUGGGAUUUGGAGUGGAAAUAGGAGCAUUGGCUCCCAAUCUACCGGAUAAUUGCUUUGCUCAGGCUUUUGAUGCUGCAAACAUCAUUGUUACUCUUCGUUUCAUUGAUCCAUUGUGGAAAAUAAAGAAAUUCCUCAAUGUGGGAUCAGAAGCUUUACUUGAUAAGAGUAUCAAAAUCAUUGAUGAUUUCACUUACUCCGUCAUUUAUAAAAGGAAAGCAGAAAUAGAAGCAGCUCGAAAGAUCGGUCAUGAGAAGGGCAAACAUGAUAUAUUAUCAAGGUUCAUUGAGUUGGGGGAAGAUCCAGAAAACAACUUCACAGAUAAAAGUCUGAGAGAUGUUGUCCUCAACUUCGUGAUAGCUGGCCGAGAUACAACAGCAACAACUCUUUCUUGGGCCAUUUACAUGAUAAUGACACAUAACGAUAUAGCUGAGAAGCUCUACAUGGAGUUGAAAACUUUUGAGGAAGAGAGGGCAAAGGAAGAGAAUGUUAUGCUGCUUCAGUUUGACUUGGAUGAUCUUGAAUCUUUCACUCAAAGAAUAAUGCAAUAUGCAGGACUCUUGACAUAUGAUUCAUUAGGCAAACUAUAUUAUUUGCACGCAGUUGUAACCGAGACACUCCGUUUGUACCCAGCAGUCCCUCAGGAUCCCAAAGGCAUUAUGGAAGAUGAUAUCUUGCCUGAUGGAACCAGAGUAAAAGCUGGAGGAAUGGUAACUUACGUACCUUACUCAAUGGGUAGGAUGGAGUAUAACUGGGGACCUGAUGCGGCUUCAUUCAAGCCUGAGAGAUGGCUCAAAGAUGGUAUCUUCCAGAAUGCAUCUCCAUUCAAGUUCACUGCAUUUCAAGCUGGACCAAGGAUAUGCCUCGGUAAAGACUCUGCAUAUCUGCAGAUGAAAAUGACACUGGCUAUACUCUGCAGAUUUUUCAAGUUCCAUUUGGUCCCAAAUCAUCCCGUGAAAUACAGGAUGAUGACAACUCUAUCGAUGGCACAUGGCUUGAAGCUUAGAGUGUCCAGGCGCUCAUAAGAUACAACUAGAGAAAAUGAUGUUCUUGUUAAUUCAUUCUAAUAUAAUCAAAAAUCAAGUUGUUGAAACAGUGAGCAAUAAAUUGUUCCAAGAUGAAAAAGAUCUUACAAA